AUGCCUCGGAGAGCUCGGCGCUUUCUUCUCCUUUUGGUGGUGGUGACCCUGACGUGUGGCCCCUGGAGCCUCUGUGUGGUGCCAGCCGGUGUCGGAGCGAGGCCGAAAAAUCGGCAUCUUUCGCCCUAUGAGCGGCUCCUCGUGAACAUCAUGAAAGAUGCUGGCUUACAAGGCCGAUGGUCGGAGGUGCAGCGUUAUUGGGAAGGCUACAAUGGCACCGCCCCGGAGGUUUAUGAUGCUGCCAUGGAGGCCGCUUACAGCUGUGGGCAGUAUGCCCACGGGGCCACCAUAUUUAAGAAACGGUUUAACGACACAGCUGAAGUGGACCUGAACUUCUUGUUGACCGGCUUGAGGCUCUUCAGAAAGCUGCGGGACAGGCUGCAGGCAGAGGCCGUUUGGCAGGAAAUUGACACGAAAGGCUGGGCGAAGGAUGUUGAUGUCACUACAAGGCUUCAAGCAUCUGUACUCCUUGGCAACAUCUCAUUGGCUGCUUCUGCGUUAGACGUUAUACGGCAACAGCGUAUCCUGCCGGACCGCUUUCACUGCUCCGCCGCCAUACGGGCAUGUACGACGUCGGAUCAGAAGGGCAGGCACGCGGCAGCUUCGUACUUUCUUGACUACAUGGUGCAGGAGAAUAUGCAGCCGGACACAUUCACUCUGCUCAACGCCCUCACAGCGCAUCGGACAGCCUCACCUCAGGAGAUCGACAGGGUGCUUGAGAAGAUGGCGCUGGCUCGCAUAGAACCCGAUGCCACCAUGACAGAGGCCUACAUGGGAGCCAUGUUCGAGGGCCGGCUGAGAAGAAACGUCACGAGUCCGGAAGAUGUUGCAAAGAGCCUGGCAGGAGUCAGCCCUGAGAGGCUACAGGCAGCGCAGUCAUACUUGGAAGAGCAUCUGGCCGUUCCUGGUAGCCGGACCAAGCUGACGAAACUGGUUAAACUGGUGAUGAACUUCUAUGGGAUUGGAUAA